ACAGACACAGAGAUGGCGAAUGUGAACAAACUCAUCGAGCACAUAGGAGAUUUUGGUCCUUUCCAGAAGAAAAUCGUCACACUCGGGUCCUUGCCGUUGAUAAUUUUUGCUUUUGUACUCGUUGGAGUUGUUUUUUUAGGUAACGCUCCGGAUCACUGGUGUCAGAGUCCUGGAUCUGAGCACCUCCAGGAGGAAUGUGGCUGGACGGAGGUUGAGGUACGGGAAGUCACGGUUCCCCGCUCUGAGCAGUCAGGAUCCUUCAGCCGCUGUGAGCGGUUUGACGUGGAUUGGAGCAAAAGCCAAAACAAAUGCAUUGAAUUUGAUUGGCUGUUGACUUCUAAUGUGACCAAGCUUGUGCCUUGUGACAGCAGAUGGGUGUUUGAUAAAAGCCACAGCACUAUUGUUUCUGAGUUCUCAUUGGUUUGUGGGAAUUCCUGGCUCGCUGAUCUGAACCAGGUUUUCCUGGCAUUUGGAUUUUUUAUUGGAGCUUUUGUCACUGGCUACCUGGCCGACAGGUUUGGUAGAAAGCCAUGUUUCAUUGCAUCGAUGGUCGGCAUCGGUAUCUCAGGUGUCGGUGUCAUGCUGUCGCCAUGGUACCCGCUGCUACUCAUGUUUCGAUUUUUACAAGGGUUUUGUGGAAAGGGGGCGUGGACGGCCAGCUAUGUACUCGUGAUUGAGUUCUUCGGAUCAAACGACAGGAAAUUUGUAUCCAUGGUGUGUCGGACUUUCUACUCCUUUGGCAUGGUCAUCAUGCCCGGUCUGGCAUACUUCCUGUCCUCCUGGAGGACUCUGCAACUGGUCAUGAGUCUGCCCUGCUUCCUUUUUAUCUUAUACUACUGGAUUGUUCCUGAAUCUCCGCGCUGGCUGUUCUCACAGAAAAGAGCUACGGAGGCCAUGAGAAUCGCUGCGAGUAUCGCAAAAACCAACGGAAAAUCUUUACCACAGAAUUUUGCAGAAAUAGUUCUUCUCGAGGAAAAGACAGAAGGAAAUCCUGUAUCCAUUAUGGAUUUGUUUAAAACACCAAAUAUAAGGAAAAACACUCUAAUUUUAAUUUAUGCCUGGUUUACGAGCACCGUCGUGUUUCAAGGUCUGGUCCUGCGGCUGGGGAUCACAGGCGGCGACCUCUUUUUAAAUUUCUUCAUCUCGGCCGUGGUGGAGCUUCCCACUGGCCUCAUCUUCUACCUCCUGGUCGACAGAGUCGGUCGACGCUCCCUCAUGGCCAUAACCAAUUUCACUGGAGGCAUCGCCUGCCUCAUAGUCCCCUUUGUCUCCAACGAUUUUGCCUGGUUGAAAAAAUCGAUUGCAAUCAUCGGGAGACUCGCUGUUGCCAUUGGAUUUGAGACUGUGAACUUUGCUAACACAGAGAUGUAUCCGACACCUCUUAGAAAUUUGGGUUUGUCGGUGUGUUCAUCAGCCAGUGACAUCGGAGCGAUUGUCGCCCCGUUCCUGCUCUACAGACUGGCCAGUAUCUGGCAGGAGCUCCCUCUUUUUCUUUAUGGUGUGAUGUCGGUGCUGUACAGCGGAUUGGUGACAAUGUUGCCUGAGAUGAGAGGAGUCGCCCUACCGGAGACCAUAGAGGAAGUGGAGAAUCUAAGACGGGGGAAAGACAAGUCAAAGGACUCACAGGGAAACGGCUUGAUUAUAUGACGGCAGACUGAGGCCUUGAAGAUCUGGAAGAUUUCUGGAUUAUCCUCUACAUGUCUGCUGUGUUUACAAUACAUAUAAUGCAGGUGGGAGGUGUUAGGAAAUUAAAUGAUUAAAGAUUUCAUGUCUUCACAACUUUAUACCUCAACAAAGCUACUUCUCAGCAAUCAAAUGAUGCUGAUGUUAUAUUUAGAUCGAAGAUGUUACAUCACUGCCUGCUUCGCAUUCUUUAAGAUGAUGAAACCUAAAAGUCAUUAUAAAAAUCUCUGAUAUUUGAGCUACAGAUGUUUAAUACAACAGAACAACUUAGACUGCUGUUUUUGAUCCCCUCAGUUUGUUUGUUGUGUUUUUUGUCUUUUACUUGGCAGGAAAUCUUAAAAACUUGUUUCGAUGGUGGAGUCACCAUUUGGCCAUUCACAAAACACGUACAUUUUGGCUUCCAAGUCCUUCUUUUUGUCUGGAUUCCUCCGUUGAUCCAAGACAAAUACAUCUGUACAGUCCACCAUUAUUUUCAACACUCAUCCUAUAAAUCCAUCCAACCUUCGCCAAAUUUGGUAUAAAUUUAGUCGAGCCCCCAAAAAGUACGUUUGUUUUUUUCCAAAUUAUUGGCCUAGAGGACAAAUGCCGUAAACAUCAUGCAGUUGCUCCCAAAUUCACAUGACAUGCACAUAUAUCAACUCUGAGCAAACCUGUAAGAUUUGUAGGGAUUUUUUUUUUUUUUUUUUUAUAGGUGGUACAGCGACAUGCUGAAUUUAAAUGGCCAUAAGUUAGUGGUCUGAAUCACAUACAGAGAGGAUUCAACCAGGCUUAACAGCCACAUCAGCCAAUUUGAUUCAAACUGGGGUGCAGAUACAGUUUAAAAAUGUCUGAGUAUGUUUUUGUUUUAUAAAUAAAUGUGUAACCUGAGUCCUCUCUACUUCUCAAAUGCGAAUAAACAGAAUUAUGAUAGGAUUUCGCCUUGUAUUUGUUGCUUGAAUUGAUCAUUGAAAAUACUAUGAGAGAAUAUGUUUUUCCUACUAACAUCCAGACAACAAUACCCAUGAUUGUUCUGCUUUUUUUCCCCUGUAAACUGUAUAUCUAAUUGAGGGUUGUUUUUGUUAAGGCUUUUGUUCCAUUGUAAGUUUACCCAGAACGCUUCGCAGCAGCCAACAAAAGCUGCCCCACAUACACAGUACUGACUGAAUGAGAGGACCUGUAACCAUACGUUGUGUUGAAAAUCACUGGUAUGCAUGAGAAGUGGGAUUCCCUCAAGUGUAAAUAUUUGUGUCACUGGCAAAAAAAAAAAAAGAGGAUGGAAAUAUCUCAUGGUGAUGGUGAAAAUGUCUCUGACACCCUGAGCAUCACAUGAUGACUGUUGCAGGAUGGUUGAAAUGUAUGAAAACCAGUUAAAUGUAUAUGUUAGACAUUAAAACAUACAGUAUACUGUUGCUCAUGUACUGCUGUGAUAUCAAAUAAAGAGAAAACUGGAGAUUAAAAUUGGCAGUGGACUAUAAAUAUGGGAAUGAUAUGCCUACGACUGACGUAUGAUUAGGAAACUGUUUGCCUCACAUAAUGAAGAUCCAAUGACCCGUUAAAUGAGGGCAGAGGGGAGUGGGGGGGGAUGGAAGAGGGGAUGAAGUCUGCAAUUAUGUUUAAGAACUCACUGCACAGUACAAUGAGUUUAUAACUAAUGGGGGGAUAGAUUGAGGAAGGGGUGGGGCACUAAUAGAUACAACACACAGGACAGAUAAGAACUUUUCUAUUGUGGGAUAUUCUUCUCUGUCUUUUCCCGUCUGGAGGAAAUCUCAGUGUACAAACUUUAACGUUAAUUGAUGAAAAAUGCCAGAGGAAGAGGAACGAGAGAAAUUAGCCAAAGUCAUCAGACAGUGGAACAACAACAGACUGGACUUGUUUGAAAUAAGCCAACCUGACGAGGUGAGUCCUCCUGUAGACAUCAGACGUGGUUCACGCAAAAAUCUCUGUUGUUGUUUGGUUUAACUUCUGUUUUCUUCACAUCUGUCAACAAUUUUAGAUGUAAAAAUGUAAAAUGAGUUGUAUUUAUGACAAGUUACUACCCACAUUACGGUAAAAAACAUGACAAACAGUGUAAUAAUAUUACAUUACUCAAGAGACUGGACACCUAAAAUGCACCAGUGACAGAAAGGAAGAUGUGAAGUGGCUGAUUAGACCAGUGAACUUAUGUCCUCAUCUGUAUAAAAUACUAUAUUUACUACUGUAGUACUGAGCUUAAGUGUUAUUUAGAGGUAAUGGAGAUGUUACUAAAUACUAUUUCCAUUUUGUGAUAGUUAAUACUUAA